CCCCUCUGCAGCUCAGCGGCCUGACGGAACUACAAGUUAUACAGCCAAGGCAAAUAACUGGCUAACCCCGGCGCAGCAAAUCCCAGACAUCACAGCUAUCCGCUAUGGUCCGAGACAUGAAGAAGACUCGUAUUAUACGGGGAUGAGACGAGAGCUGGUGUUUCAGCGUUUGCAGCUCCGGGCUUGUUGACUCUCUGUGUGGGCUCAGGAUGGCGCAGGGAGGCUCUCAGCUCGACUACCACAUCCUGCAGGACCUCAAGCAGCGUUUCCCGGAGAUCCCAGAAGUGGUAGUGUCACAGUACCUUCUGCAGAACAAUAAUAACCUGGAUCUCUGCUGCCACCUGUUGGCUCAGGAGAGUAACAGAUACCUGUAUGAAGAGUUUCAGCAUAGUCCAGAGGAGGGGCGGCUGGGUCGAAACCACAUGCUUCACAUUAGCCUUGGAUUGCCAGGCUCAGACGCAAGCAAGGCAACUGGAGGCACAGCAGGAGUCGGACGCUCUCUAGUGCACAGCACCAGUGACAGUCACAUUGAACCCCAGCGACCUAGUUACCCUGAGCCGAUGUCAGCCCCCGCCACCAUGGCCCCCUCCCCAGGCUACAAUCCUUUUUUCAUGAACGAUCAGAGUCGCUCGGCCAGCACUCCCACACCUCCACCCACAAUGUCGGGCAUGUCCCCCACAUACUCACCCGUCCAACGCUAUACUAUGAACCCUAUAACAGUCACACUUUCACAGAGUAUACCCAAUGUUGCGCAGGCUCUGCAGAUCCCUCCUGGGCUCUACCCUAACAGCAACACCACCCUGUAUAUUCGACCCUCACCCUCCCAGAGCCCACAGCCAGCACCCUGGCCCUCCUCAGGGACACCUGUGUAUCAGCAUCAGCAGUCCCCUUACAGUACUCCCACAUAUGUCUCGCCUUACAGCUCCCCGCAGCAUCAGGUCCAGCCACAACCCCAGCCGCAACCCCAACACCAGCAAUAUGUCUUCCUUCCUAUUAACUCCCCGACCGUUCCCAGCAUGUCCUACCACCCCCAGCAACAACCCCAGCAACAGCAAGCUGCUUACAGGCCCUACCACACAAAAGGGCCCCUCAAGAACCAGAUAGAGAUUACCUUAGAGGGUCCACGACCUCGCAGCAACUCUCCUGUGCAUACCAGCCACACCCCGGGAGCGCUCUACAUGGCCACCAGCCCCUCACCCAGCUCCCCAUCAAGGGUCAUCACUAUGAGUGCAACUCCAGGCCCGCCAGCUUUCCACCCUGGGAUGUAUCUGCAGCACCAGGGUCCUGCAAGGCCUCUGCCUGCUUCCUCUCCUCAACCAGGCCAGUCGGCUUACACAUUCAAAAUCAAGGUAUCCCCAGGAGGCCAGGUCCAGAAGCCACCCAGCUCACCCCCUGUUGGUGAGACAGAGUCGCUUCUCAACAUAGUAGACCAAGGGGAGCACAGUGCUGCCCCUCCACCCAUCCUGCCCAUCUCUGCUCUACCAGGGAAUGUCACCAGUCAAUUUCAGCAAAUGCCCCGACGUUCAAGCUCAGGCUCUGAUGACUAUGCCUACACACAAGCUCUCCUGCUCCACCAGCGGGCCAGGAUGGAGCGUCUAAUGAAGGAGCUGCUGCUAGAGAGGCAGAAACUAGAGCAGCUGAAGGCCGAAGUCAACAACAUGGAAUAUGACGCCCUUCAAAGGCGCUUUCGACGAGUCAACUCCACCAGUCUUAUUCCAAGACCUGAAGAGAUGACCCGAUUGCGAAGUCUGAACAGGCAGCUUCAGAUUGAUAUCAACUGUACCCUAAAGGAGACAGAUCUACUGCAGUCUAGAGGGAAGUUUGACCCAAAAGCAAUGAACAAUUUUUAUGACAACAUUCAGCCUGGUCCCGUGGUGCCGCCCAAACCGGGGAAGAAAGGUGAGAAUUUUCCAAAAGCAGGACAUAAAAAAGGAGAACAGGGCUCCAAGCCAGUCCCGGGGCCCCAGAGGGACGAGGACUUUGAAGGAGCCCAGUGGAACUGUGAAAGCUGCACCUUCCUUAACCACCCUGCACUCAACCGCUGUGAACAGUGCGAGAUGCCGCGCUACACCUGAGCUUAGUGUUGCACUGUAAUGCCAACCCCUGCCCAGUCCCCUGCCAAUCCUUGGAUAGUAUAAGCCCCCAGAAUCUGCAGCUCCAAGCAGAUUUUUUUUGCCUAUGUCUAGAGAUCUUCCCCCUGUCAAUCAAUAUAUAAGCCCCUCUUACCUGCUGAGGAAGAGCCACUAUCCCUCCUUGACCACUUGUCCUACUCCCAUCUACUACUCCUGUGCACUUUGACCCUUGUUUCCAUCGGCGGAUAAUUACUCUUUUUCAGGACAGUUGGAGACUCUUCUCUUGGCAAAUGAUCAAGAGAAGAAGUGACAUGCUGCGAUUCUGGCAGUGGGUGGGACCGGGGCUUCAGAAAGGUCAAAGCAAAUGAGGAUGAAGGAUGAAAGAGGAGGAGCUACGGUUUAUCUAGCGAACAUUCCAUGCAGAACGAGUGACUGCCCUGUUUACACAACUGCGCCCAUUCCUGAACUCAAAAUGGAGGCACUUCCACUUUAAUCCAGGAACCGUAACUCCCUCUCUGACAGUGGAAUAAUGAAAUCAAUGAUAUAUAAAGUCUGACUAAUGCGAAAUGUAGACUGUACACUGUAUCUGGCUCUGUAUUAGAGCUCUUUUCACUGAAAGAAGAACACUAAAGACACUUGCAUAUGAGUAUAUUCCUGGUACUUUUAUGCAUAUUAAGCCACCCUGUAUUACGUGUUCAAAAGAUGUUGAUUUCCUGUGCAAAAGCCUCAACUUGCUGUAUGUAAUAAAGGAGCUGAUUCUAUGU